CUGCUUUCAAAGAGUUCACACACCUUUUCUUUUGUCUAUUUCUCUCAGAAAACCACCCAAAUCCCUAAUCCAUACCAAACAGAAAUGUCCAUACCGGAGCCACCGGUUCUCCAGUUGAGAGACCGAAAUGUAAUCGCGGCACCCAAGACUGCCUUCCUGAAACCAUCCAAAACCUUAACUACGAUCUCCGACAAAACCUCUAAUUCCGCCCUCAAAAAAUCGGCAUCGGGAAAGGAGAACCCCAGGCCUAGUUCUCGGCCACGGGCAGCAUCAGCGCAGAAGCCAAUAGUCAGACCUGUGCCCCGUGUAGACAAGGCAGCCGCGGUGGGGUCGAUUGGCGGUGGCGAGGCGAGAGGACGGUGGUCAACGUCAUCCGUGCCGAGAGGUAGGAGUGCUAGCCCUUCUGAGUUUAUUAGGGGGUUUUCGGAUUUGAAAAAGGAUAAGGAUUCUAGGAUAUUUAGGGAUCGGGACGAGAGCAAUAGAGGGAUCGUGAAUAAGGGUGGAAAGGGUAGUAGGUAUUUGAACUCUAAAGUGAGCGAAAAAAGUGUAAAUGGAUCCAGGGUUUUUAGGGACUUUAAAGAAAAUGGUGGUACUGGUCCAAACUUGAUGGAUGUUAAUGGAAUAUGCAGGGAUCGGGAUUCAAAAUUUGAGUUAAGUGAGGGAAUGGCAAAUGGUAGUAUGAUUCAAGGAGCUAACUUUAGCUCCAUUUCGGUAAAAUCAAGGGUGAUUAAAGAUAAGGUUGGUCUAGACAUUAAAUUUAAAGAAAAAGAUGGUUUUGAAGUUGAUAAUGUUGUCCACAAGAUAUCUCUGCCUGUAUUAAAAUCUGGUGAUAGAGUUGGGAAGGCUGGAAAUGAUGUUAGUCAUUGCUCUAAGAUUAUGGGUGAUAGAUGCUCAAGUGAUAUGAAGGAUUUUGAAAAUUUGAAAGAGAAAGGUUUAAAAGAAGACGAUUCUGUGGGUUCUGUCGGCAUCAAGUAUCAGAGCAAGCUUCAUGAGAAGCUAGCAUUUCUAGAAGGAAAGGUGAAGAGGAUUGCAUCAGAUAUCAAGAAGACGAAGGAUAUGUUAGACAAGAACAAAACUGAUGUGUCAAAGGAAAUCCUUUCAGAUAUUCAGGACAAGAUAUUGGGGAUUGAGAAGACAUUAGAAGGUAAAGUAAGUGGCUUGCAAAGUGAUGAAAAUGAUGAUGGAGGAAACAAAGUUGUUGAUAAGGAUAAGGGAGUGGAUGGUGUUAAGAAUUCAGUUAAUGGAUUGAAUAGUGAGGAAUUGGAAGCAAGGCUCCUACCUCAUCAGAAAUUACUUCGCAAUAGAACAUCCAUGAAGGCAUCAUCUGGAAGUUCUCAAAAUCAUGAACCCCUUAAAGUAGUGGACUCCAGUAGUGAACUAAAGGGGGAUAAGAAGUCAUUGAGCCCUAUCGGGGAGAAUCCAGUAGCUCUUGAGUUCUUGGCUUCCCUUAAUGAGGGGCAAGGUAAGGUCACCACAAGGGAUGGGCUGUCCGGUUUGGAGUGCUCUGAAGUUCAAGCAACAGAUGGUGGUGACACUUCAGGGAAAGAAAAUUAUUCAAACAUAGCAAUUUCAAAGCGCGAUUUGGAACUCAUUCUCACAAGUGAUGAAACACUUGAUGACUUUGAUGAUCAGGAGAACAAACGUGAAAUUAUCAUUGGAGAGGACACAGGGGAUGCUUGCAAUUAUCAGCUCAAUGAAAUAGGCCACAAAACUUCAACAGGAGGAUGGUUUGUGUCUGAGGGAGAGUCGGUGCUUCUUUCCCAUGAUGAUGGUUCAUGUUCAUUUUAUGAUAUUACCAACUGUGAGGAGAAGACUGUUUACAGGCCUCCAAUGGGAGUAUCUCCAAACGUUUGGAGAGAUUGUUGGAUCAUUCGUGCACCUGGUGCUGAUGGUUGCUCAGGAAGAUAUGUUGUGGCUGCAUCUGCUGGGAAUUCUAUGGAUUCUGGAUUUUGUUCAUGGGAUUUUUAUGACAAGGGUGUACAGGCUUUCCACAUUGAGGAUGCCGGAACAACCACUUCAAGAACUAUACUCGGUCCCUUAAAUAAUAAUCCCACACAUAGAAGAAAUGCCUUAUGUAGUAUAUUGUUACCCGAAACACGGCAAUGGUGGUAUAAACCAUGUGGACCUCUUAUAAUCUCUACAGCUACUUCUCAGAAGGUUGUAAAAGUCUAUGAUGUCCGUGACGGGGAGCAAAUCAUUAAAUGGGAAGUGCAGAAGCCUGUGUCAACAAUGGAAUAUUCUAGCCCUUUGCAAUGGCGAAACAGAGGGAAAGUUGUCAUAGCUGAAGCAGAAGCAAUCUCUAUUUGGGAUGUGAACUCCCUUAAUCCUCAAGCUUUACUAUCUGUUUCUUUGUCCAGCAGAAAGGUCUCAGCGCUUCAUGUGAAUAACACUGAUGCUGAAAUAGGCGGCGGGGUUCGACAAAGAGUUAGUUCGGCAGAAGCAGAAGGAAAUGAUGGUGUCUUCUGCACUCCUGAUUCUAUUAAUGUCUUGGAUUUUCGCAACCCAUCUGGCAUUGGUCUUAAGAUACCUAAAGUUGGUGUCAGUGCUCAGUCUGUCUUUUCUCGAGGUGAUUCAAUCUUUCUUGGCUGCACAAACUUCAGAUCAUCUGGGAAAAAAGCACAUUGUUCCCAGGUGCAGCAGUUCUCUUUGCGUAAACAAAGGCUGUGCAGCACUUACUCUUUGCCAGAUUCGGGAGCACACCUGAAUCACUCAGCCAUAACUCAGGUUUGGGGGAAUUCAAACCUUGUAAUGGGUGUAUGUGGAAUGGGUUUGUUUAUAUUUGAUGCCUUGAAAGAUGAUGCACUGCUGUCUUCGACCAUUGAUUAUGGUAAUACCCAAAAGGUCAGUGAAAUUAUUGGCACAGAUGACUUGUAUUCCCCUUCAUUUGAUUACUUAUCCUCUCGCGUUCUCCUCAUAUCAAGAGAUCGUCCGGCAAUGUGGAGGCAGUUAGCACAGGUGUAAUACAUGCUAUAAAAAGUAUAUUUAUAAUGCUUUGAAGGUGAACCAUCAGCAUAACAAUGUGCUAUUGUUUAUGCUCUUUUAUAUAUUGGAUGCUGCCUAAAACAUUAAGCAUAGAUUUGCUGAUAACUGAAGCAGCUUCUAAAUGCUGUAUUUAUGUUCACUUUGAUGUGUUUUAUGUUUAAGUUAUGUGGAUUGUGGAACAAAUACAAUGCCUCCUAAAUUAUUCAAGCGAAUCAAAAUGACUGGAUGAGGAGUUCUUGAGGUA